AUGUUCAGGAACGCUCUGCGGCAGUCUAGCCGCGCUGUCGCGGCCGCCUCUGCCACUGGCAGGGUUGCCUCGGUUCGCGCGGCUGUUCCCGGCCCCCUCUCUGCCGCCUCGAAGCAGGUCCGUACCUAUGCCGCUGAGGCCAAGGCUUCGCCCACCGAGGUCUCUUCCAUCCUCGAGCAGAGAAUCCGUGGUGUUCAGGAGGAAUCCGGUCUUGCUGAGACUGGACGUGUCCUUUCCGUCGGUGACGGUAUUGCCCGUGUUCACGGUAUGACCAACGUCCAGGCUGAGGAGCUGGUUGAGUUCGCUUCUGGUGUCAAGGGUAUGUGCAUGAACCUUGAAGCCGGCCAGGUCGGUGUUGUGUUGUUCGGUUCCGACCGUCUCGUCAAGGAGGGUGAGACCGUCAAGCGUACCGGAGAGAUUGUCGAUGUCCCCGUCGGCCCUGAGCUUCUCGGCCGUGUUGUUGACGCUCUUGGUAACCCCAUUGAUGGCAAGGGUCCUCUGAACAAUCAGACCAAGAGCCGUGCCCAACUCAAGGCUCCUGGUAUCCUUCCCCGUCAUUCCGUCAACCAGCCCGUACAGACUGGUAUGAAGUGUGUCGACUCCAUGGUGCCCAUUGGCCGUGGUCAGCGUGAGUUGAUCAUUGGUGACCGUCAGACCGGUAAGACCGCUGUCGCCCUCGACACCAUCCUCAACCAGAAGCGUUGGAACAGCACCAGCAGCGACGAGAGCCAGAAGCUGUACUGUAUCUACGUUGCUGUCGGUCAGAAGCGUUCUACCGUUGCUCAGCUCGUCAAGACCCUUGAGGAGAACGACGCCAUGAAGUACUCUAUCGUCGUCGCCGCCACCGCCUCCGAAGCUGCCCCUCUCCAAUACCUUGCUCCCUUCACUGGCUGCGCCAUGGGUGAAUGGUUCAGGGACCAUGGAAAGCACGCAGUUAUCACCUACGAUGACCUGUCCAAGCAGGCCGUGGCGUACCGUCAGAUGUCUCUGCUGCUCCGUCGCCCCCCCGGUCGUGAGGCCUACCCCGGUGACGUUUUCUACCUUCACUCUCGACUCCUCGAGCGUGCGGCCAAGCUGAACGAGAAGCACGGUGGUGGUUCCCUCACUGCUCUUCCCAUCAUUGAGACCCAGGGUGGUGAUGUCUCUGCCUAUAUUCCCACCAACGUCAUUUCCAUUACCGAUGGUCAGAUCUUCUUGGAAGCCGAACUUUUCUACAAGGGUAUCCGUCCCGCCAUUAACGUUGGUCUUUCCGUGUCCCGUGUCGGUUCCGCUGCCCAGGUCAAGGCCAUGAAGCAGGUUGCUGGAUCCCUGAAGCUCUUCUUGGCUCAGUACCGUGAAGUUGCUGCCUUCGCUCAGUUCGGUUCCGAUCUUGAUGCCUCCACCAAGCAGACCCUCAACCGUGGUCAGCGUCUCACUGAGCUGCUUAAGCAGAAGCAGUACUCGCCCAUGGCUGUUUCGGACAUGGUCCCCCUCAUCUUCGCUGGUGUCAACGGUUACCUCGACAACAUCCCUGUUGCCAGUAUCCUCCAGUGGGAGUCUGACUUCCUUGCUCACAUCAAGAGCAACCAGCCUGAGAUCCAGGAGACCAUCGAGAAGGAGGGACAGGUCAGCAAGGAGCUUGAGGCUAAGCUGAAGGAGACCAUCUCCAGCUUCAACAAGUCUUUCAACGCAUAG